CCUAUCGGGAGCGGGACCUGUCGCGGCGCUCGAAGCGGAGCUGCGGGUGAUGCCGGAGCUGCGGGAGCGCGGCCGGGUGGUGUCGGCGCCGGGGAAGGUGAUCCUGCAUGGGGAGCACGCCGUGGUGCACGGCAAGGUGGCCUUGGCCGUGGCACUGGACCUGAGGACCUUCCUCCAGCUGCGUCCCUGUGAGGAUGACAGGGUGUGCAUCCACCUGCCUGGUGUCAGCGUCAAGAGGAGCUGGGAUACCUCCAGCCUCCAGGCCCUGUGCAGGGGGUUUGCAGCUGACUUUGAUGGCCCUAAGUCCCCCAGUGCAGAACAGCUGGAUACACUGAGAGAGUUUGCUGGAAUCGCUGCCGGAGCCUCAGCUCCCGAGAGCCUCGCUACUCUUGCCUUUCUGUAUAUGUGCCUGGCUAUUUCAUCUAAGUAUGGAGACGUUCCCAGCGUGGACAUCCUGGUGUGGUCCGAGCUGCCCACGGGAGCUGGGCUAGGUUCGAGUGCUGCGUAUGCCGUUUGCUUGGCAGCAGCCCUGCUGAUGGCGUGCGGAGCCAUCUCCUGCCCGCUGAAGGAGGGAGACUCCACAGCCAGGUGGACAGAAGAAGAGUUGACUCUCAUUAACAGCUGGGCUUUCCAGGGGGAGCGGGUGAUCCACGGCAAUCCCUCUGGUGUGGAUAAUGCUGUUGGAACUUGGGGUGGAGCCCUGAGAUACCAGUCAGGAGAAAUCACACCCUUAAAGAGGGUACCGACACUGCGGAUCUUGCUGACCAACACAAAAGUUCCUCGAAGCACCAAGGUCCUGGUGGCUGGUGUCAAAGAGAAGAUCCUGAAGUUCCCUGCUAUAAUGAACCCAGUGCUGGACUCCAUCGAUGCAAUUUCUCAGGAGUGCCAAAGUGUUCUGGAAGUGAUGCCUGCAAAUCCAUCACCGGAGUAUUACCCUGUGCUGGAGGAACUCUUUGAUAUAAAUCAACACCACUUAAAUGUGAUCGGAGUUGGCCAUCCCUCCCUGGACAGGCUGUGCCGGGUGACGGCAUCCCACGGCCUGCAUAGCAAGCUGACUGGAGCUGGCGGAGGCGGCUGUGGCAUCACCCUGCUGAGACCAGAUACCUCCCCGCUGGCCGUGGAAGCAGCCAAGCGAGACUUAUGUGCCUGUGGAUUUGAAUGCUGGGAGACCAAUAUCGGGGCCCCCGGAGUGACCCUGCACCACUCCUCGUCUUUAAAUGCUGAAGUGCUGCACGCGCUCUCCGAGAGUUAAGCUUCUGCCUCUGGCAAGACUGAGCUCUUGGCACCGCAUCCUCAAAGCAAUAGCUGUGCGUGCCCUGAUGCCUGGAAACUUCUCUGUGACUCUGUCUGUGGUUGAGGGCCUCUGGAUGUGGGUGCGGAGCCAAUUUUGGGCCUGGUGGCACUGGGAGUCGGGGCUGCGAUGAGGACCCGGGAGCAACUGCUUGCACUUGGGCUCUGUGGGUGUUUGACCCAGGAUCUCAAAAUCCUGUUUUGAAUUUACUUACUCAACUCCUGUGCUAAUCCCAAGAGGCAGGAGGAGAGGGUCUUGGCUGGAUUCCAGCGCGGAUAAUGACACUUCGCUUGAUUCUGCUGCUUCAGAUGCAUGUGGUGUCUCUUCCUUUCUCCCCUGGUGUCCUGUGAAGGCAGGCAGCGAGGCUGGCGAGGCGGAUGUGCAGAGCACUUUGACGUUUUUGGGUGAAAAGCAUCUUGGCAGCUCAGGGCUUGACACUCAGGUCUGUAUUUCUCCUGGGCUGCAGUUCACGGUGGAGAGGAAACCUUUAAAUCCACGUCUUAGCUGCUACUAAUACAAAGUUAUUAAAAUGAAAGAAACAGCCCAUUUCUAAUGAAACUAUCACUGUGUUCACUCUUUACUGUAAUCUCCGUCUGGGCUGAUAAACAGAGUCCCACAACCAGGCUCUGUUUUCUGUUCAUGUGCUUAAAGUCUGGUUCAAACAGCAACUGUCACCUGCAAGGAGGGUGGCUGAAAGCAAGGAAAAUCUUAAGAUUUCUCCUUCCAAUUGCUGUUCUGGGGUCUCUCAUGCUUCAGUCUUAAAGGAGCGUGUCCUCCGCGCUGCCGGUCGUGUGGGGUACAUAAAACAUCCCGCUGCCAGCGCAGGGGAGAAUGGGGCUAGAGGGGGGCAGCGACAGAGCACACACACGUUUGGUUUAGCUUGAAGUAAUUGGUUUUAAGUACAAAAAAAAGCCCUACAUCCACUUCCUCAAAAGCUGCCCAUAACUUGCAAUUGGCGGACGAUUAAACCUAAAUGCGUUUGAACUUCUUACGCAAACGUAAAACGGAGUUUUGGCUUCUGUAUUUUUCAUGAGUUGUACAGCAGGACUGCAGGGAAUUGGCUGGUGAGGGUUGAAGUGUCUUGAAGUAACAUGCUGACUCGUGGUGGCUGUGGUCUCUUCUGUGCCUGCUGAAGAGGCUUUAUCCUUAUUAUAUUGUCUGGGAGUUUUUGGGGUGUCUUUUUGUGUAGCUUUGUUCAAGAAGUCCUUCGUUGAAAGCUGAAUAAUAAACUGGCAGAGGUGGGGGAGCUUGCCUGCUCCCGGUGCAGGAAUAAAGAAUCAAGCGUGAGAAGCUGAGACGUACGAGCUUGAAAAUCCUGGCAUCGUGAUGACCAGCUUUAGUUCGCUGAUCAGACGUAAAACUGUCUCUGGUUUUAAUAAAUUGAUGGGUUUUUAUGUGCAAAGCGUUCUUUGAUAAUUAUGCUGGAUACAAAAGGGAAAAAGUACCUUACACUGCUUCAAUAAAAACAGGUUUCAGACGCUGGGUUUCUACAUGUCUAAUUACAAUUCCAAUUUGCAUCCAAGAGCGGCUUUACACUAAUCACAAGUCAGAAAGCCUGAUAAAUAAUUUACCAUUUUCUAAUACAGUGUAAUCAAUGUGAGGAUCUGGAAGCGUGUUGACUCUAUCACCGCUUAAAUGUGUCUGUAGUUUCUCCUGGUUAGCACAAAGAAAUGCCAAACCCAGUGCAGAGAAACUUCACUUCAAAAUGAUGUGUCUGGGGCUGAUCCUCAUUAGCUGCUUUCCUUGGGAGACGGCCUUGCCGUCACGGUGCCAAUGCUGGAGGAGCGCAGAGGGAAAGAACGGAAUGAAAAUGUUGAUUUGCUGGUUUA